AUGAGGCAUGUCCCGCAGCAGUUUUUUCUGGAAAACGAGAAGAGAAGUGCGGAUGAAAUUCCGACAGAAAAAUCGAGUGAGCUGAAACAUCUGCAGGAUAGUUUGACGCGAUUUUUCACUCCCACCAAUCAGAGGCGCUCUAGAGUUGCACAGUCAUCAUUCUCAUUAGAAAGUUUUGAACCAGGCGCUUCAUCAUCACGAGCUACAUCAUGCAAGUGCGUCGAUUCAAAAAAGCAUCACUUUUCUGCCAUCUCCAUUGAUACGAAACAUGGCGACUUUCAGUCACAUACUUCUCCGCAACCUUCUAUAAGUUCACCUUUAAAAUCGGGGCAGUCAACACCAUCGCCGCAUCGCCGUACGGAUGCACUUUUUGAUGCGUUGUCUCCGUAUUUUAGUGCAGCCUCUGAAAAGCGACGGACUUUUUCAAAAGGACAAUAUGUUCAUCUUUCCGGGGGCCGUACAAGAACAAAAAGUGGAGAGAGCAGCGCCGUCCAUGAAGACAGUGCGUUUUCCUCAAGUUGUAUACGUCAACCAAACACCAGCGCAGCUGUAACAUCAAGCGAAUCACAAGAUGAACUUCCUAGUACUGAACAACGACGGAAUAUUAUACGCCCAGCAAGAAAGAAACGCCGUUCGACACAUGUAAUUGAACCAGCGACAUCAUAUCAAAAUUCAUCGUCGAUAUAUACUCGAAUAAACGAGAAAGCAGCAGUGCGUCAUUCAUUUCAGAAUGCAUCUUUGUAUCCGGUUGAGUGUGUCUCGCGAAGUUCUGGAUUACGACAUGUGUCAUCCAAUUUGAAAAGUUUGGUCCCCAAAGGACUUGUAUCACAACGGAGACUGCGGACUGCUUCGAUCAUUCGAAAGGCCAAGUCGCAUAAAACACGGUUGAAAUUACGGCAGUCAUUAUCUCCUCGUCUAGUGACAAGGAAACGUGUGGUAUCACUUCGUCAGCCUCAUUUGGAUGAAUUAAACAUGGCAGGAGGGACGGUUUCUUUGGCGGAACCAGUGACUAUAACCAAUGAAGAUCGAGAAUUAUACAACGCUGCUCGUAAUUUAGCUGGAUUGGACUUUGACACUACCUCCAGUGGCUGCACCGCAGGAGAGCGCAAAAUUUUCAAUGAUGCGAUUGAUAAUUCACGGAAUCCAAAAGCAGUUCGGAUUGGGAAUUUUGAAAUCGAAACAUGGUAUUCUGCACCAUAUCCAGCGGAAUAUGCACAACUAUCAAUUUUAUAUUUGUGUGAAUAUUGUAUGAAAUACAUGAAAAGUUUGGAAAUGAGGCAGAGACACUCGGAACGGUGUCAACUUCGACAUCCUCCAGGCAAUGAAAUAUAUCGGAAGGAUGGUGUUUCGGUAUUUGAGGUAGAUGGUUACUGUUCCAGAAUUUACUGUCAGAAUAUUUGCCUUCUGGCGAAGUUGUUUCUGGAUCACAAAACACUGUAUUAUGAUGUGGAACCGUUCUUAUUCUAUGUGGUUACAAAGAAUGAUAGCAGUGGAUGUCAUUUUGUUGGGUAUUUUUCUAAGGAAAAAUACAGUGCGCAGAAAUAUAAUUUGUCGUGCAUCAUGACAUUGCCUUCCUAUCAGAGACAAGGAUUUGGAAGGUUUUUGAUUGAUUUCAGCUUCUUGUUAAGUCGGAAAGAAGGCAUGACAGGGACACCAGAAAGACCUUUGUCAGAUUUGGGUCGUUUUUCUUACAAAAGUUAUUGGCGAUCAGCUAUAUGUGAAUAUCUUUACAAGACUAUUUCACCCGACAAAACAAAACGGCUGACUUUGAGGGGUAUUGCACGUGGAACGGGUAUUUCGGUUUACGAUGUUAUGGAAACGUUACAGUCAUUGAAUAUGCUUCAACGAAUCAAUUCUCAGAUGGUAAUUAUACUGAAUAUGACAAUGUUGAAGAAUCACUGGACGAAAGCAAAGAACGACACGAAGCGUAUUUGGUUGGAUGAAACGAAGCUAUCAUGGUUACCAGUUGUACAUUCGCCUUCAAAGGAAUAUGGCGAACGAUCAUCUCAUGUGUUACGCUCUCCGUUUGCUAGUCCUAUCCGGCAAACUGCAAUGCGACGUAAUCGUGGAAGCAUGUUGCAGAAUGCAGGUGGUGGUAGUGGUACGCAGGAAUCCAAAACAAAUAGUGAUUUUUUUCGAGAGAAAUGCAUCAAAAAUGGUAAAACAAUUCUGAAAAGGCAACCGUCUGAUGACAAUACAUCGGAUGAGGACAAGAAGACAAUAAUGGAUUUGAAAACUACAUGUCGAGAUGGAAAGCAGAACAGGCGAAUUUGGCGAAAAACAAGUGGUGAUGAUUCUGAUGAUGAUGACGUGAAGUUGCAAAAGGAAACAAGGAAGAACAUGCGCUUAGCAGAAAUGAGCCAAAAGAAAAUGUCAAAAAGAAGUGCAACCAAUCGGCGUUUCCGAAAAAGUGGGACGAAAAAGGCUGUAGCAAUUGAACCCUAUACUUAUCCAUCAUCAUCUAAUAGUGAUUCAUCAGAUCUAAGCGAUGAUAGUUCGGAUGUUCGGAAAAAUGGAAAAGCUUACAAGCCUUCCCACAGGAAGCAUAUAUCACGUUCUCAUUUUAAACGACGAAAGCAGAAAAGUAUUACCAAUGUUGAAUCAAUCGAACUAAAUAAUGUUAAUGAUCAAGAUAUUAUGCCAGAUAAUAAAGGAAUACCCGUGAAAACCAUGAAUUCAAAUUGCCAUAAACUACAUCUUUAUCACAUAUCAUCUAGCGCUGAUUCAAGUGGUUCUGAGGGAUCAUCCGAUGACUCACUUUUGAUUUUGAAACGACGCAGAAUCAGUAAUAGUACAAAACCGCUGUUUUCAAGCUGCGCAAACUCUCCAGAACCAUUGAGAGAUGGACAUAUAACUCCCAAAUUGAGUGUGAGUCAAAAAACAGGUAACGAAAUUCUUGACUGCGAUAAGCCGAUUGCAACUGAUGCUCAGCAAUCAAACAAAAAUGAAAAAAGUUUGGAAUUAAGUGUCGAUAAUGAAGAUGAACUGCCGCCCACACUAGAAGCGGAUGGCGUCGACAGCAGAGAUAAACUAGUAAAGGAAUGGGACAGCCUGGAUAAAUCAUGCUGUUCCGGAAGCAGUUUUCCAAACGGGAUGCCGCUUCUCCGCGUGAAUAUUGCAGGGAAUGACAGUGCAUAUGAGGGAGAAGAUGAAGACGUCCCGCCAAGAUUGUCGCCAAACUUUGCUCCGGUUGAAAGUAGCGACACGAGUAGUCCAAAAGAACUCGAGUCAACACCAUCUUUGUGCCAAACACUGCCCAGCAAAUCUGCUCCCGAUCUGCUAGUUGUUUCAUCACCUUCGAAGCCUCAUGAAACGGUGUCGAAUAAUGCAGCGUCACGGAUUACAUCUGUUACCAACACCAUUUGCGAAAUGGUUAAUUUGGGUGGCGAUGCUGGAAGUGAAGGCGAAAGUGAGGCAGAGCAGAAAGAACUAGGUGGUAGUCAUUCGAACCAUAGAAAGAAUGGAAAAUCGGAGGCUUUACCACUUAGGCUUGAAACAUCGGCGCUGGACAGACCUCCGAAGGCUCCGGCAAUGCUUUCGUUGCCAAACGAAGAACAUGAGAUGGGGCAUACGGACGAAAAAAGCGAAGUCGCAUCGAUCGGGAAAGAUAGUUCCGUGGAAACAGUUGAGCAUGCAGUGUUCCAGAGCAACAGCAGUUGUCGGCAACCAAGCUCAAUCCUUAAUCAGUCCCCAAUUUUGCCACCGAACUCGAUCCAUUCAGACCUCUCUUCCCAAAGCUUCGUAUCACCUCCCUGUUCUUUGCAAAAGCGCAAUACAUCUGAUGGCUCCUGUCGUACUCCUCUUUCACAAAUUGAGGCAAGUCCUGGCGAAGUUUUCAUUGGUUCCGCUGACAGGAAUAGCGUUCGCUCGAACCCCGCAACUCCACAUCAUUUAUCAACCCAAAGCCAUCCAGGUUCUGAAAUGAUGUUUUGUACUACAACGACGGGCGACAUGUGUCUGACUAUGAUGACUGAAACACCGGUAAUGGCAAAUAACACAAAAAGUAUGGUAAAACCGUCGACGCCGGCAGUGUUACCAUCAACGACAACUCAGCACCAUUCACAUCGACGUGGCUCUAAGAAAGAUCAAAGUCGUUCAUCAAAAAACACUUCGAACGUCCAGAGAGCACAGAUGUUUAUGCCUCCAACGCCACUUCCGCCAUAUGUACUUGCAGCGCCAAGCGCAGGACAGUCAUUUAUGGGUCCUUCACAAGUCACACAUUCUCAGACAGGGUCCUACUAUGGAGGCGGUUAUGCAAAUUCGCGACAUUCCGCUUACUUCGAUUCACAGUUUCAUCCAAGUGCUUUAUCGGCAGCAACCGCUUCAGCAACUUAUCCAGCAUCGAGUGUAAGCUAUCCAUCCCAUUUAGGUGGAAUAGGUAAAACAUAUCCUAUGGGAGCUGCUGUUCAGAGUGGUUUUUCGUAUUCUUAUCCUCGUGGUAUGCAUCAGGCCGGUGCCAAUGUGGGGCUAUCAAGUGGUAGCGGAACCAUUGGACCAGUAACUCCACAGCAAAUGAUCAGUGUACAGUGUCCAGAGUUACAGAGCAAUGGUCAGGCUAACGCAGCAGCUUCAUGGAGAUAUCCUACGCCGUCGGCCGCAUUUUCGGGUCAUUUUAUGGACGCAUUUGGUGGUGGUAUGCCAUCAGCGGCUAGUGGUAGUCAGUUUGCAUUACCAAAUCAGCUUUAUUAUCAACAUGGAUAUCAUCCGUAUUUGAUGCCAAUGAUGCGAAAUGACUAACUUUUGUGCUUGGAUUACAUGAUUCAAACAGUUUCUCUUCGUUUUUCAAUCCUGUUAGAAGAAUUUUUUUUUUUGAUUUAAUGAAUUGUGGGUAUUGUAUUUACAUACUUAAUUUAUAUCUGUAAAAGAGCAUCUAUUAUUUGUCACUUGAUAUUCAUGAGCACUUAAAAUAUAUCUUGCC